UGAAAUAGACCAAAUCCUGUUAUUCCAUUUUCAUCAAAGGUAGAUUAGAGAGAAGAGUGAGAGAGCAAUGGCAGCCUGAGAAAUUGAAAUACAAAGUGUAUUUCUCAUAUAUAAAAAAAUGGGUUCUAGUUCGUUUCUCAACUGAACACUCAAAAUCCCUUCAUUUUCGUUAUUGAACCCAAAUCGUGUUAAUUCCAAUCCAGUUUCGGCAGAGAUCGAAGAACACCCAACUCGAUAUUCGACUCAUUUUUCCAUUUAUGCACUUAAAACCCCCAUGUUUGAAGCAAUUUCUUUGUGGGUAAUUCGAUUUUGAAGGUGAAAUGAAGAAAUUAAGGACUUACUAUAUGCAUUUGAGACACCCACCAAACAUGGAGCGGCGAUGGAUCUUCCCAUUAGCGAUAGGUUCGAUGGUUUCUCUGUUCCUUCUCUUUCUUUCAAUGGUGACCUCUCCCGGAGGGACCCCUUUGUUUCCGUUUUACAAAUCGGUGGCUGUUUCGAGUUCGUUCUUUGUUGAAUCGAAGCUUCAUCCGGUUCCAAUUUCAUCGCUUCCUCCGCCUCCGCGAUUUGCGUACCUAAUUUCGGGUUCAAUCGGAGAGGGCAACAUGUUGAAAAGGACCCUUGAAGCUCUGUACCAUCCGAUUAAUCGGUAUGUUUUGCAUUUGGACCUCGAAUCGCCGCCAGAGGAGCGGCUGGAUCUGCAAAAUUAUGUGCAGAAUCAUCCCAUUUUUAAGAAAUUUGGGAAUGUGAAAGUCAUUACUAAGGCUAAUCUUAUUACUUAUCGUGGCCCGACUAUGGUGGCCAAUACAUUGCACGCGGCGGCGAUUUUGCUCCGAGAAGGUGGUGAUUGGGAUUGGUUUAUUAACCUCAGUGCUUCGGAUUAUCCUCUUGUUACACAAGAUGAUCUGCUGCAUACUUUUUCUUACUUGCCUCGUGAUCUCAAUUUCAUUGAUCAUACUAGUAACAUUGGAUGGAAAGAGAGUCAGAGGGCUAAACCAGUGAUUAUUGAUCCGGGGUUGUAUAUGUCGAAGAAGGCUGAUGUGUUUUGGAUUACACAGCGGAGAAGUGUGCCAACAGCCUUUAAACUCUUUACAGGUUCCGCUUGGAUGGCGCUUUCUCGGCCAUUUAUUGACUACUGCAUAUGGGGGUGGGAAAACCUACCUCGAAUCGUCCUCAUGUAUUAUGCAAACUUCAUAUCUUCCCCAGAAGGAUACUUUCACACCGUCAUCUGUAAUGCUCAACAGUUCCAAAACACGACUGUGAACAGCGACCUCCAUUUCAUAUCAUGGGACAAUCCUCCCAAACAGCAUCCUCACCAUCUCAAUGUCAAUGACAUGCAAAGGAUGGUGGACAGCAAUGCUCCAUUUGCAAGAAAGUUCGUUGGAGAAGAUCCUGUACUCGAUGAAAUUGACAAGCAACUUCUACAAAAACGUCCCAACAUGGUAGUUGCUGGUGGUUGGUGCAUUGGAAGCCACGAAAAUGGGACUGAUCCAUGCUCGAUUACCGGUAGUACUAAUGCAUUGAAACCUGGUCCUGGAGCAAAACGACUUGAAACCCUCAUCAACUCUCUAUUAUCCGAAGCGAAUUUUCGACCUAGACAGUGCAAAUAACGGAGAUACAUCAUCAUCCACAACAUACUUAAAAUCCCAAAUGGUAAAAUUCACAUGAUGGAGAAUUGGGAGAAUCAUAUAGCUUGCUGUUUGGGAAGGAAAUGGCUGAAAGUGUACACAACUCCUUCAGUAGGUUACUAGAAAUGGUUCAGCCAAAUCCAUUUCUCUUAGUUUUAUUCUCUUACAAAGCUUCUUGACAGGUUUAUUUCCACAAUCCCUCUGCUGCUGCUGCUUCUGCUUCUGCCAACACUUCUGUUUUUGUUACAAUGAUGCCUUUGUAAUACCCAAAUGGAUGGAAGAAUUUGGCUGUCUCUCAGUUGAUGAAAUGUAUGAAAACUAUUAGUACAAAAUUCAUUCAGAAUCUUUGUAAGGUCUAAAAUAUAGUUUUCUUUCCCUUAAAGGUUACUCACUUUCUAA